AUGUAUGUCAACACUUCCAAGCUUGCUACUGUGGCUCUUGCCACCAUCCUCUCUGCCAACUCCGUCCUCAGUGCACCAAUUGCUGGUCGCUCUUCCAACUUGUUGACCCGUGACCCCCGUGGCUCCCACGGCUCGACCUCCCACAAGGUCUCUGACGUUACUGGCGCCAUCUCUGACGGUACUGGUGCGAUCGCCGAUGCCAUGACCCUCCAGGAGUAUCUGAACCAGAAGCGCAGCCCUCGCGGCCACCACUCUGGCUCUGGCAGUUCCACUGGUGAACGAGUCUCGACUUGGACCGGUGCUUUGGGCGACAUCACUGGCAUGGGCGCUGAUGCUGCCACUAUUGCUGAGGCUGCCAACAACCAAAAGCGUUCCCCUCGCGGCCACCACCACUCUAGCUCGAGCUCUUCCACCGGUGAACAGGUCUCAACUUGGACCGGUGCUUUGGGCGACAUCACCGGUAUGGGAGCUGAUGCCGCUACUAUCGCUGAGGCCGCCAACAACCAAAAGCGUUCGCCCAAGGGCCAUGGCUCUAGUCACGGUGGAUCUAGCUCUUCUGAUAAGGCCCUGAAUGGCCUUGACGCCGCUGGUAACCUCGUCGGCAUCGGUGCUGACGCUGCGACUAUCGCCGAAGCCGCCAACAACCAGAAGCGUUCGCCCAAGGGUCAUGGCUCUAGCCACGGUGGAUCUAGCUCUUCUGAUAAGGCCCUGAAUGGCCUUGACGCCGCCGGUAACAUCGUUGGUAUCGGUGCUGACGCUGCGACCAUCGCCGAGGCCGCCAACAACCAGAAGCGUUCACCCAAGGGCCAUGGUUCUAGCCAUGGCGGUUCUUCUUCCUCUUCCAGCGACAAGGCUCUGAAUGGCCUUGAUGCCGCCGGUAACGUCGUUGGCAUCGGUGCUGACGCUACGACCAUCGCCGAGGCCGCCAACAACCAGAAGCGUUCGCCCAAGGGUCAUGGCUCUAGCCACGGUGGAUCUAGCUCUUCUGAUAAGGCCCUGAAUGGCCUUGAUGCCGCCGGUAACUUCGUCGGCAUCGGUGCUGACGCUGCGACUAUCGCUGAAGCCGCCAACCAGAAGCGUGCCCCCAAGGGUCACAGUGGAUCUAGCUCUAGCGGCAAGGCCCUCGAUGGACUCGAUGCCACCUCCAACAUUGUCGGCAUUGGUGCCGAUCUCACCACUAUUGCUGACGCCGCCAACCAGAAGCGCGCCCCCAAGGGCCAUGGCCGUCCCAGCUCUUCCAGCUCUUCCAGUGACAAGGCCCUGAACGGUCUCGAUGCCGCCACUAUCGCCGAUGCUGCCAACCAGAAGCGCUCCCCCAAGGGCCACGGUUCUAGCUCUAGCCACGGUGGAUCUAGCUCUUCUGAUAAGGCCCUGAAUGGCCUUGACGCCGCUGGUAACCUCGUCGGCAUCGGUGCUGACGCUGCGACUAUCGCCGAAGCUGCCAACAACCAGAAGCGCGCCCCCAAGGGUCACAGUGGAUCUAGCUCUAGCGACAAGGCCUUGAACGGUCUCGACGCUACCUCCAACAUUGUUGGCAUUGGUGCCGAUUUCACCACCAUCGCAGACGCCGCCAGCCAGUAG